AUGGCAUCCCCUCAGUUAUCAGCACAACAACAAAAGAUAGAUGAAAUGCUGAAAAUUGUUGCUGCAAAAUUCGAACAAAGAAAAAAGAUUUUCGAGAACACGAAGUUGCUGGAGUUAUGCAAGCAAAGAACAGAACUAAAGGCCGAGGUAGAACUUUUGAAAGCGAGAUUGAUCGAGGCGGAAACGAACGGCGGAAUAAAACAGGUUACGAAAAUUCGGGGGUUUGACAAGAACAGCUCCACCAAGACAGAAACCCCAGCAAAAGCUGAAAUGAAUGCGAACAAAGAAGCCAUGAACGAUGCAGAUGCUGUAGUGCAGAAGCUGGCGAAAGGUAGUAAAGCUGGAGAAGCAACGAAACAGCCAGCAAAAGGUGCACCAAGCAAAACUGGAACAGGCGCAGAAGGAGGAGCAGCGAAAAGUGAUGAUUCGAUAGACAUUGGUCGCAUCGAUUUACGAGUCGGGAGAAUUUUAAAGGCAGAAAAGCAUCCCGAUGCGGAUACGCUAUACGUGGAGCAGGUGGAUGUUGGCGAAGAACAGCCUCGUACAAUUAUAUCAGGACUUGUACGGCAUGUCCCCAUUGAGCAGGUAAGACUGAUUCUAUUGAAGAUCAUGAGCAUCAGCUGUCUCGUAGUGUAG